AUGUCCCUGUCCUUUGUUCGUCGCGUGCACCGUUUUCCCUUUAAAAGCGACAUUUCCAUCACCCGGCGGGGCGAGACGCGGAUCCUCCAGGGCUCGGGCGGCCGCUCGUCCAGAACAGGCUUCACGGCCACCGUCUUUGGAGGAACAGGGUUUCUGGGCCGGCUCCUUGUUGCGAAACUGGCCAAACACGGCACAAUUCUGGUGUGUCCGUUCCGCAACGAGAUGGCCAAGAGACAGCUCAAGCCAAUGGGAGACCUGGGAGUCAUCAACUACAUAGAAUGCGACAUCAGGAACCUGCGGUCGCUGGAGGAGAGCGUUUGUCGCUCGGAUAUCGUGUUCAACCUCAUUGGGUCGGACCAGAACACCAAGAACUUCUCGAUGGAGGACGCGAACGUGGAGUCGAUCAGACGCAUUGCAGAGCUCUGCACGGCGUACGAGGUUCCGCGACUGGUGCAUGUUUCCAGCUACAACGCCGACCCGAACUCCAAGUCGCAGUUCUUUGCUACCAAGGGCCAGUCGGAGAUUGCUGCGAGAGAGGCGUUUCCAGACGUGACGAUCGUGCGUCCUGGACCGCUGUACGGCCGCAACUCGUCGUUUUUGAACGAUCUUCUUCCUCUGCAAGGAUUCGGAGAAAACAUCAAGUACAGAAGCACUGUGUAUCCUGCGCACGGGUUGCAGGUCGCAGGCGCUCUGGAGAAAAUCGGCUUUGACGACUCCACAGCGGGCAAAGUGUACGAGCUGCACGGCAAUGAGCCGUAUUCCAGAGCAGAACUGAGAGAAAUGCUGAAAUAUAUCCGUCAUCUUGGCAUGUACGGCUACUUCCCAGCAGCCGCAGGCUACUCGAUCCCGACACCAGAAUUUGUGUACAAAGCUUGGUGCUGGCUCAACGAGAAACUGAACUCCAACCUGACGGCCAUCAAUUACGACUACUAUGUUAGAUCCGACAUGAACCACAAGUUGGACCCAGACGCUCUCACUUUCGAGGACCUGGACAUGGUUCCUGACGAGCUGGCCGACUUCCUAUACAAGUACGUCAAGCCUCACAUCCUGGCGUCCUCACAGUCGCUCAACAGAACGGUGUACGACCGGGACGAGAUCCUCAAGCUGCGGGCGUUUGUCAACACUCCCAAGGACAGCUUCGACCUGCUCAACAUGAAGGAUUAG